AUGAAGGAUCUCGUCGCAUUUUCCAUUUCGGCUCUGGCCCUCGCAGAGAGCGUUAUUGCAACAACUCAAGCAGGGUCUACGGUAACUACUCCUCUGGGCUCUUUUGAGCUCACCAAGGGAGCUGCAUGUGCUUGUUCGAAACUCUCUCGAGCUUAUUCGGGGAUUAUCAGCCCCAAAAGUGCAAAUUAUACGGCCCAAGCCGUGAACGCUUAUUGGGAUGUUCGAGCUGAUCUUUCUCCAGCCUGCAUCUUUUUGCCAAGUACUGCGGAUGAAAUCUCCAAGGCACUUGAGAUCUUCCAGUCUUGUGAUGCGCAGUUUGCUGUUCGUGGUGGUGGGCAUAUGAAUUAUCCAGGAUCGAACAACAUCGACGGUGGGGUUUUGAUGGCCCUUGAGAAGUUCGUCAAGGUCAAAGUCAAUGCCGAAUCUGUUGAAGUCGGUCCCGGCCUGACUUGGUACGAUGUCUACGAAGCCCUCGAGCCUUACGGUCGUGCUGCCAUUGGUGGACGUUUGAAAACAAUUGGUGUCCCCGGUCUGAGUCUCAUUGGAGGAUUCCACUAUUUCAACAACAAGUACGGUUACGCGAUGGACAACGUCCUCAGUUACGAUGUCGUCCUUGGAAAUGGAACACAGGUUAUGGCCAACAAAACAUCACACCCAGACCUAUUCUGGGCACUAAAGGGAGGAGCCAACAACUACGGCAUCGUGACCAAGUUUACAUUGAAGACCUACGAUAUUCCUAAAGUCAGCACAACGAUUCAGGUAUUCAACGAGAGCGGUAUUCCUGAAUUCCUGACUGCGGUUUGCAACAUCGUUAAGCUAGACGACGAGGAUCCCAUUGCAGCCGGCAUGGUUGCGACUGUGCAGUACAAUGCCACUACUAAAGUUGCUUCAGCUUCGUUGCUCGGGGUUCAGGAAGGUAUUAGCAAGCCUCCAUCGCAAUUUGCAAACUUCUCUGACAUUCCUGCUACGACUCGCAUCAACAAUGUCACGACGAUGAAACAGUGGGCGUCUAGUCUAGACACUCCUAAGCAAAUGUUCCGUGUGAUGUUCUCUCACAAGACUAUGAAACCGGAUCAAGACGUUCUCAUCUCCAUUUACAAGGCAUGGAAAGAUGCCGUUGACGAAAUUGCGGACGUUGAGGGUCUUUACCCAACUUUCGUUACGAAUGUCGCCCCUGCAAGCGCAGCACGGGUUGCUCUUACCAACGGGGUUGGCAAUGUCUGGGGACUGGAAGCAGAGCCUUAUAUCCUGUGGCAAUUCAGCACAGGGUGGGCCCUAGCGCAAGAUGAUCUUCGAAUUGAGGCUUGGUCACGCCAAUUGAUCGAACGGCUCAAUGCGAUCAACGUUGAGAAAGGACUGGCAUCGGACUUUAUCUAUAUGGGUGAUGCGGGUGAAUGGCAAGAUCCUUUUGCAGGUUUCCCUGGAGAGAAUGUUGCGCGGAUGAGGAAGAUCAAGUCCUCGUAUGAUCCUCUGGGUGUUUUCUCCAGACUCAAUUGGGGAGGGUUCAAGUUGAGUGUCUAG